AUGGCAGAAGGUGGAUUUGAUCCCUGCGAGUGUAUCUGCUCCCAUGAACAUGCCAUGAGGAGGCUGAUCAAUCUGGUGAGAGACAUUUGCCUUUACGUUCCUUUCUUUCAAAACAAAUUUCAGCCAAUUGCAUAGCUACUGCUGAAUAGCCUUCUUGAGCGGUUGGUUGCUCGUGCAGUCUUUCAAAGUGCAUGCCAAUCUCAUAAUUUUUUCUUAGAGCAAUCUUUCCACAAGUCCUUCAAGGGGCUACAUCUAUUAUCCAUAGGAUGGACAGGUAGAUACACUGUUAGGUGAUAGGGAAACCUUCCAGCUGAACAUUGUCGAUUUCACUUGUGCUGUCAAAAACAAGGGUGAGUCCUUGGGAGUGGGUUCUCCUUCCCCCUCCCCUCUUAACAUUUCGGGGAGAUAUGCACUCUGGCACAGAUGAGCGGCACAGUUUUGGAAACUAGUCAAGAUAAAAUCCAUGGAAACAAAGCGCUGUCUAAGGGUAGGGGGAAAGUAGAUUGGUUGGAGGUUUGCUUCUUAGAUUUAUUUAAAGGGCUAUACAAGUACUUCUGCAAUUGAAUGGUGUCAUGGGAGACUAUCCAACGUGUGUAUAAAAGAGAAGAACUGGGAAAAUAAAGGAAUGAUCCAGCCAUAUUUAAAUACUCCUUUGUUUCAGUGGGAGAUCGUUAAAACAACAAGAUUGAAAAGUACCAUAACAUUGACAGGCUUGUACCUAAGUUUAAAAAGGACUUACAUUCUUUUACCCCGUGGGAGGGAAAAUACAGCAUUUUACUUGAAACCAGGCUGGGGAUCCACUUGGCUGUUGGGAAAAUGCAGCUUCUGGGUGUGUUACAAUCACUUCUAGGAAUUUAUUCCUCAGGAGCCUUUUCGAACAGUGAACAUCCUGUUUCAGUCCAAGCUGGCCACGAUAAGAACCUUGAACGUUUAAGAAUUAGGUGCCCUCAUUUGCUCGCUUUCCUCGUCCUGACUCACCACUUUUUCCUUUUGUGUCGUGUCUUCUUACAUUGCAAUCCUGAGGGCAUUCAAAAGCUGUACUCAGAACUUUUCCAUAAUGCUUUGAAUAAACAAAUGCAAUAAACAAGAUCUUGGCAACCCGAGGAUCCUACUAAUUCAAGCUCCAUUAACCUAUGGGGGGUAGUAAUCACAAAACCAAUCUACUGUGGCUGGUAGUUUCCCUUUGCCAUGAGCAACGGAUGGUUGCAGUAACAGGCAGCCAUUGAAGAGAAGGAAAGGUUCUGUCCAGCAGAGAGGACAGAUAAAAAUUAGGAUUAGCAUGUUGAUUUAGAGGAGUGAUAAGGAGACAGGAAAUGUGCAUCUGUGCCUAGCUAAAAGAAAAGUAGGGAACAAGAAGAAAAAAUGGAGGAUAUGGGGCCUAGUGGUGUGGUCUGGGAGAGGUAGGAUGAGCAUAUGUGUGUGAGGUUUUAAUUUUAUUUAGAGGUGAUUUAGGGGAGAUUUAAUUGUGAACAGUGUUAGGUUCCAAUGAGUAGCUUUGUGUUUUGAGGCUCAUAUAUCCCAGCCAUGUGUUCUCCUAAGUUUCUGGAGGGCCAAGGUCUUUUGCCUCUUAGCCUCUUAUCAGUUUUCCUUCUGUGAAAUGGAUGUUUUCUUGCAGUAGUAACCACAGUCUUUCUCCAUGUCCCCACAGCAGCCGUUUUGUGAAUUGCCGUGGCCUUCCGGGCCAGCCGUUUUGCAGCAGUGCCCACAUUGCAACUGCGGCCACAGACCCCAAAAUAUUGGAGGCCUGAUAUAUAUAACAGUUGUCAUCGGCAACUUCGUCGAAGUCAGUUGAGACUAUAUCAGAUAAAAUAGGUUCAGGAUGGAGUCAUGGGGGUAUUAAUGCAAAUGAAUCCAGUGAGGUAGGGGUGUGUGGGUGUGUGUGGGUGUGUGUGGGUGUGUGGGUGUGUGAAUUCUAGAAACACAAAAUCCUUAACAUACUGCAUCUUGUGUCAAAUGUGAGGGAGGGACAUUUUUGAAGGGACAUUACUGUAUAUGAAUUUUGUUUUAAACUGCCGAGGAGGGAAAUGAAACUGGCACACAGUCUGUCUGUUAAGGGGAGAUCAUAUCUCAAGUUCUACGAGGUCUAAAUACUUGCUUUUUGAAAAAUGGAAGCUGGAAAUUAGGUUCACCAGGGGGCAACUAUCUCUUGUGGAUGCCCAUUUCCUAUAACCUUAUCUCCAGAACGUGUAUAAUAAAGGCAAGGCUAUCUCUAGGGAUCUUAUUAAUACUACUAUAUAUUUUCCCAUUAUUUUUCUAUCUUGCCUACAUCAACAUUGCCCUCUUUUGGUAGGGAAGCAACACUACAAGGUGUGUGUUUACAAGCCCCUUUAGAAUGGUGGUGUAAGUUAAAACACAGUAAGUUAUGCUUAUAUGAUUUCUGUUUUUACCUGGUAAAUAUGGUAGUAUGUCACAUAAUACAAACCACUGGACACAAUCUGCUUGAAGCUCACCUGCAAUUAAGCCCCACUGAAAUUAAUGAAACAUGUGAUUCAUUCAAAUCAAAUUUCAAAAUGUGUUAGGUAGAGUUUAUCUUUAUCUACGUCUGCAAAAUGUCUGCAGUCUUGUGCAGAACUCUCCCUCAUUGGAACAACUCAUGUUCUGCAAAGCUUAUUGAAAGAGCUUGCUAGAUCAAAGUCGAAGCAGAAGCGAUUAGAGAGUUUUCUGUUUGCCAAGAAUUAAAGCCAAACCUAUUGAUACGGUCUCUCUCUGAUUGCAAAGUGUGUGUUGAUGCUAAAAUAGGAGAAAGGACAGGUGUGAGAAACCUUCAAUACAGUCGGGAAAAUCCUGUGUGUGUGAAAUCUCUAAUUCCCCUAUCCCUCCAGUGCAGAAGGGAUCAAGGGCUGGCCACUGCAAAAAAGAUGGAAGUGAAGCAAAUUGCAUAGGUGAACACUCAUCUGAUAGCACUGGAACAAAAAAAGGAGGAGGGACUUGUGCUUAGGAAAUGUCCUUUGGAGAAUCACCAUCAAAAUUUAAAGGAUGGGGUUGGGGUUGACCUAUGGCAUGUGUUCUUGGGUUUCUUGGUCCACCCACCACCCCAUAAUCCUUUCAGUUGCGUGGGAUGCUUGCAGGGUAAAUGAAUGCACAUCAGAUGGUUCGUCUGAGUGUUGUUGUAGUGUGGCCAAAUUACAUUGCUACAUUAAACAUGCUUUUUAAAAAGCACGCCUAAGCGAGCCGCUUCUGUUGUGAAGGAAGCAUAGUCACAUGGGACCCUUAGCUAUUUCCCUGCCAAAAAAUCCACCCCACAGCUGCUCCUUGUACACAGAUGUGACGUUUGACUGCAAACGGUAUCUUUAAGGACAAAUAGCAGCUGAUGGGAAGGGAGGGGCAGGUUUUGGCAGUGCCCUAAUCUGGUACAGUGCCCUAAUCUGGAUCAAGACCCUGUCUAGCUGUUUUUCUUUGGAAAUUAAAGCCACCAAUGCUCAGCAUGGUGUUUUUAAAAACAUGCUUAAUAUAACAUAGUUUGUCCUCAAGUGAGCAUUCCAUUGAAAAUGAUGUAGUGUGGUGAAACCUCAUUUGCUCUGAGAUGCUCAUUUGGACAUCUAUCUGGUUUAGGCCUGCUCUUUCUGAUCCAGUAGAACAGGCUUCCUCAAACUCGGCCCUCCAGAUGUUUUGAGACUACAAUUCCCAUCAUCCCUGACCACUGUCCUGCUAGCUAGGGAUCAUGGGAGGGCUCAGUUUGAGGAAGCCUGCAGUAGAAGGUUGCGUCUGGCUGGAGAGUUGGAAUUGGUCUGCACUUCAUUCUUUUUAAUAGCAGCUCCUCCAUAUUGUACAGCCAACUGUGAUGCGGUGUAUUGGGAGGGGCUACUUAAAAAAAAAGGAACAUCUUUUUCCGACCAAUGAUAUCACCAAAUUUCUAGCACUUAUUGAAAAGCUGAAAAAUAAAGAAUUUUGAUAUACAAGUAAAUUUUUGAAAGUAAAACCCAUGUAGUUAACAAUACAGUGGUACCUUGGGUUAAGAACUUAAUUUGUUCUGGAGGUCUGUUCUUAAACUGAAACUGUUCUUAACCUGAAGCACCACUUUAGCUAAUGGGGUCUCCCACUGCCUCCGCGCCGCUGUUGCGCGAUUUCUGUUCUCAUCCUGAAGCAAAGUUCUUAACCCGAGGUACUAUUUCUGGGUUAGCGGAGUCUGUAACCUGAAGCGUCUGUAACCCGAGGUAGCACUGUAGUUAACUUCCAAGACUUUGCACUCGACUCUCCAACGUUCAUUUGAUUUCAGAAAUUCUGAAGACUCGCCCACAAAUCUUAGAACGGAUGAAGUCUCUUUUUUCUCUAAGCAAGUUUCUGUUCUCUUCAUUUCAGUUACGGCAAUCCCAAUCCUACUGCACAGACACGGAAUGCCUUCAGGAACGUGAGUAAUAGGGGAAUCUUGCAUGUAUAUUUUUAAACGCUUUUGUAUAUUGCUUUCCAGCACAAAGCAACUCAACAGCUGUUUUUAUAUAUAUCAACGGAAAUAUAUCCAAAUAAUAAUAAAAUUUAAACGCCAAUAAAACAACACCCACAAGCAUUACAAAAUACAGGAAGAUAGUUGGACAGAAUAAAUCUAAGCAUGCCAUCUUCAUCAUGCGGCAAAAUCCCAUGUAGAUUAGAAAGCUUUCUGUGAGUCUAAGUUGGGGGCUGGGGGGGAGCACAUCAAUACAAAGGAGGCCAUACUCUGGUUCCCCAUUGUUGGGGUUCCAAGGGGUUGCUCGAGAGCAAGCAGGCAAAUACCUCCCUGCUUGGCUGUGAAGCCUUGCUUUUGAUGCCAAAAUAAACUUUAACUGUCCAGAGAGCCACUCUCCCGUGGCUGGCUCAUUCACUGGCAGAACCUAAGUAGUUUCUUGAUGCCCAGUCUGCGCCUCCCCUCUCGGCGCGAAAGCUUACUGUGCAAGGAGGGCGUGGGUAAUGGAGGACCUCUCUCCUCCCUGCUUUGCCCAGGCAAGGUGUCCUGGCACCACCUCGCCUCCUCCGAGCCCUGACACUUCUCUCCACUGGAGGCGUGGUUACUCUCCUCUGCUGAGGAGGAGCUGCUUCCCAGGAUCUUUGGGGGCUCUCUGUAAUCCAUCCGGCUUUUCCCCCCUCCCCCCUGAGCCGAUGGCAGUUCCCUGACACCCAUAUAACAAGCUACUAUCAUCAAUGGAAAUGGCAAGUGGGAGUGACCCCCCUGCUAAUUUCAGGGCUAAAAUAGUUAGUGUUAAGGAAUAGAUGCAAAGGAAAGGAUUAUGUCUGAGGGCUAAAUGUGCAUUAGACUGAGUUUCAUAUUUCACCUGUUAACCUUUCCUUUCUUUUCACAAAAUACCACUGGGAUUGUUGCACUCUAAAGUGGGAGAACUUCACAGAAGCAGGGAGAUACUUCUUAGGUUUUCUCUCUGGUCCCCCUCCCAUUUAAAAUGUUCCCAUCUGCUUUCUUGCUGCAAUUUGGGAGGGGGUGAUUUUUUAAUAAACGGAAUAACCACUGGAUAAGAAAGGAUUCAGAAGCCCUUUCUCCCUGCUUAGGACUUCUGCUUUAGAUUGCUAUCUCUGCAACUGUAUUUUACUUUAUUUAGUUCACAACUUUUUAUAUACCUUAGUUGUGAUAAAACUUAAAAGUGGUUUGUUUUCUAAAAUAGAAAAUGUGGGGGGUGGGACGGGACAAUGCAUGGCUGAGGGCUAGGGGUGGGUCUUGCUCUGUGAAAAGUAUCAUCAAUUAGGAUAUCAAAACAGCAUUUUGAGAAAUUUCAGGGGCAUGCGUUUUGAUUCAAACAGAAAAAGGCCUAGAUAAUUCAGAAAGAAUCGUGCCAUUGUAUACCUUGUAGUAUUGGUAAUUUGAACCAAAGGAACCCUAGAAGGGUUUUUUCUUAGUUGGAAGUUGAUCUUCCAGUUUUGGAAUGCAUAACCGUUCCAGCCAGGUACUAGUGUACACUGAUAAAGACCCAUGUUCAUGAUUCAUCAUGCCAGAUUACACACUACAGUCUUAUUUUCCAACUUUCCUACUCUCUUGAAAAAAAGGGGGAGGGGGUUGGCAGCGUUUGGAUGUUUAAGAGUGAUAUAAAAAUACAGUGAGAAUUAGCUGUGAGUAAGAACAUGUUUGGAAUUUUUACAUAAAGUGUGUUGGGGCCAGGAAGAGGCUACAAGUAUCUAGACCUGGAGAGUUAACUGCAUGACCAGCUAUCUAAAUGCUUUGUGUAGCAGGCAAGGCAGAAGGCCUGGCUGCUAAUAUUUGCAUCAGGCUUAGCCAUCCCAGAAGUUUCAUGCUGCUUGACAGCCAACUGCUAGGCAGAUGCUGUACGCCUAUGGUAUCUUUGACUUCUGGGGGCCUGUAGUCAACAGGGAAUGGCUCGCUAGACUACAUUUUGACUUGCUCCCUUAGAUUCUGUCUCCUCUCCAGAUUCCCUCUCACUAGCUGUCUUCUGUAUUUAUUUUGUGCCCUCCCCCCAGCCUUCUCUUAAACCGGAAAUGAGGAACUCCAGAUGUUGUCGGACUCCAAUUCCCAUAAUUCCUGAUUGGCCAAGCUGCCUUGACUUAUGAGAAUCAGAGUCCAAAAGCAUCUGGAAAAUCGUAGGUUCGCUAAGCAGAGCUUUGGAGAGUGUAGAUCCUGGCACACAAAUGACUUUGGGAACUUUAUAUCCUGAAUUUCUGUCUUACAUGAAAUAUGGCUUGCAUAUAGAAUUUAUAAAUUCUGGCACACACAAUUCAUUUAGGAACUUCACACACACCUGAUUUCUGUGCUAGCUUACAUAUUAGAAUUAAAGGGGGGAACCAGUUUAAAAGAAGAUGGGAACAGCAGAUAAAAAAUUGCAGACACUUCCCACCCACCCCCAAUAUCAACUGAAAAGACCAAAUGUCUAGUGGAAUAAUAAGCUUAUUUCUAGAUUUGAGGUGAGGGAGCUUAGCUUGAAUUGGCAGGGAAUUAUGACACCUGCUGUGUUGUUUUCCCUUAGUCACAUCUGCUGAUAGGAAUGAAGAGCUGGAGGAGUGCAGCAAGUGGUUUGGGAGCCUAUGAUUAUUUUGCUUCCUGUCUGAGACCCAGCUUAUACAAACAAACCCUUUUGGCCAAUGAUUACAGCAGUAAAGACUGGAACUUUGGGUGGGGUUUGGUUUGGGAAGCAGGAGGGCAGAGGCUCUGCUGAAGUCAGCCUGACGUCUGUUCCAUUGCUGCAGAUGAAUGAAUCAUUAUGAAAACGAUGACUUGAGAGGGGAACUCCCUGAAUUUUGCACAUUUGGAGUCUUUCUGUGGAAGUUUGAAGCUCUUGGGUUUGGUCUUUGCAUCCAGACAAAGUGAAACAGCACUCAUUUGCUUUGAGAUAAUAUAGGCUAGCAGUGCUUCCUGAACUUAAAAACUUUAAAAAUGGUAUUUUUGCAAGUAAAAUUGGCGUCUGAUGACACUGUUAUGCCCAUAAAGAUUGGGAAAAGACCUUGCCAAGGUAGAAACUAGGCGUAGAAACAGAGUAGCCCUUCUGGGGGCAGCCAAUUCUGUUGUUGUCUUUGUCAGCUUUGAUUGGCUCAAACGCCGGCUCCCUUGGCCUGAAAGUGAGAUGAGCGCUGCAACCCCAUAGUCACCUUUGACUAGACUUAACCAUCCAGGGGUAUUUUACCUUACCUUUUGGGCACUGACCACUCUUCAAACUAGCUUAGCUUAAAACAAGUUGGUGGUCUUCUGUUUCUUCAGACCAUACUUUUAUUCUGUCUUAUCAUCAAGGCAUGUUGCUUCUCCCUUUGCAACACAGUGGAGAGCAACCUGUGGCCCAAGUGCAACAUGUAAUUCCCACCCCCCACCAGCUAAUUUUGUGUGCCCUCCCAACAUUUACUGUAGCUUCUCAAUUUCUCCAUUCUAUCAGUUUCUUCCUCCUUCUUCGUUUCCUCCUUCCUUCUCUUAGCUUUCAGAAUUGUGCUUUCCCUCUUUCUAUAUAGUUUCAGAAAGGGAAGUAUUUUAUUUGGUGAAAAUAAAUUAGGGUGUGUACAUAUAUAGCUCACUAAAGCCAGAAUGGAAUUGCUGUCCAGAAAAUAACCCCAUCAAACCUAGCUCAGGGCUUACAUCUGAGUAGACCUGCAUAGGAUUUCUAAUCUGAGCUAGCCAUGACAACAAAAGCUGAAGAAGGGCAGUCUUUGUUCUGGAUUAUUUAAUACAUAAAACUUUGUUCCUGCCCCUCAUCAGCCCCCCUCUGCCCAGCAUUGACAUGUGUCCCACAUGAGACUACCCCUGAGGGAAUGCAACCCUCAGCAGCAGGGGUCAGCAAAUCUUUUCAGCAGGGGGCUGGUCCACUUCCCUCAGACCUUGUGGGUGGCCAGACUAUAUUUUGGAAAACAUAAUAAUGAAUGAAUUCCUAUGCCCCACAAAUAACCCAGAGAUGCAUUUUAAAUAAAAGGACACAUUCUACUCAUGUAAAAACACACUGAUUCCAGGACCGUCUGCAGGCCGGAUUUAGAAGUUGAUAGGGCCGGAUCUGGCUCCCGGGCCUUAUUUUGCCUACCCAUGCUCAGCAGCAUAAAGAUUUCCCAACCUUGCUUUGCAGAACAAGGAUAGAGCCCUUCCUCUCUGCCCCAUUGGCAAAACCUCUGCAUAAGAUUGUGGUUAUCGUCAUGAUGUGAGCUGGGAACAAAUAGUCUCCAGUCCAAAUAUCAGUUUAGCCGUGAACUUCUUAGAUGGCCUUCAGCAAGCUUCUAGCUCAGAGCUCCCAUCUGCCGCAUGAACUGUCCUCCUUCAGCUGUACCUUGAAGGCUGUUGCAAAGAUAAUUUACGAAAAUGUUUAAAGCAUGCCACAAACGUUUCAAACUUUUCGUAUACCUUGGCAAUUCUUACAAUAUGCUAUAUAAUUAUUAAAUAUUAACUGUUUUCUCUUUAGUUUGAUUACAUUUUUAAAUAUGUAUUCUUGCAAUACAUUGAGGAAAGGAGUGGGUAGUCAGAGGCUUGGUGUAUAUUGAACAGAGCUAUGUCACAGGAGGAUGAAGAAACCUUACUCCUGAGGUUUUAAAAAUCUAUCAUUUUAACUGCUUCCAACUCUGAGCUUAUUUCCUGCUGGGCCUUCCCUCUCUGCCCCAGCCCCAAGGACACUGCUAAUAACCUUUGCCCAAGGAAGCUGAAGGUCUCUUUCGCAGUUUGACGUUGAGAGGGAUGUCAUACAGGAGAUUCCUUUGGCGGAUAUGCAGAUAACUGAUGAGCCCUGGAAAUAGGAGCUUCAAGUGUUGCCUUGAAGAGAACAGCUUCUUAAAGAGGUGGUCAGCUUAUCUGUAAGAUAUUUGAUGGAUUUAAAACUCCACAGCAGCCCAGAUAUCUAGCUUUUAUCUCUCACAGGCCCGGUUGCAUCAAUUGCUGUUAUAUUGCUGCCCAAAUGAUGAGUGAAAUGAGGCCUCCAGAAGUUUAGGGGGAUAUUGUUUUGUGGGCUACAGAAGAAAAGCAGGGUGCUUAUCAGCUUUCCUCUCUGAGAACUGUGACUACAUGAUACUGCUGCCUUCAAUGUUCUUUGGCUACUUAUGGCAGCAAUCUUCUGGCACCGAGCUCUGAGCCAAAUUAGUUUUCUGUACUGCUGCAAGAUUAACAGAGCAAGCCAAACUGUUUAUCAAGCCAGACUGUGGGAGGUUUGGACUGAGUGGAGGCAUCCCUCUGCUCAGUAAUCAUGGCUGAGCAAUCCUCCCGUUUUUAUAUUAUUUUUAUUUAUUCAUUAAAUUUGUAUAGCACCCUUCGUCCAAAGAUCUCAGGGCAGUUCACAGUGUAAAAUCACAAAAUACAUAAUAAAAACAAGAACAAACCAAACCAAUAACCAUCCCCUUGUGAACACAUUUAAAAGGAUAUGGGAUGUUCAUCAGCCAAAGGCCUGGUUGAAGAGGAAUGUUUUUGCCUGGCACCUAAAGGUGUAUAAUGAAGGUGCCAGGCGAGUCUCCCUGGGGAGAGCAUUUCACAAAAGAGGAGCCACUGCAGAAAAGGCCCGUUCUUGUGUUGCCAUCCUCCAGACCUGCCUUUGAAGCAGCACAUGAAUAAGAGCCUCAGGUGAUCAUCACAGGGUCUGGGUAGGUUCAUAUGGGGAGAGGUGGCUCUGGAAGUAUCGCGGUCCUGAGCUGUUUAGGGCUUUACAGCUCAAAACCAGUAGUUUGAAUUGGGCCAUAAUUGACAGCCAGUGCCGUUUGGCCAGGAUCGGUGUAAUAUGCUCAAACUGUCUGGUCCUGGUGCGCAACCUGGCUGCCCAUUUCUGAACUAGCAAGUUUCCGAACCAGCUUCAGAGGCAGCCCUAUGUAUAAUGUAAUCUAACCUACAGGUUACCAGAGCAUAGACAACAGUAGUUAGGCUAUCCCUAUCCAAAGCUGAUGGAAGGCACUUUGCACCACUGAGGCACUGCUGCUGUGGAUUUAAUCAAUUUGGUAGUAACUUUAUUAAAUAAUAUUAAUGUAAACAUAUUAGAGUACAGUAGAGCCUCUACUUACGUCCCGCUCUACUUAGGCCUGUUCCAAGUCGUGACCGCGACAAACCCGGAAGUAAACACCAGGUUUGCCGUGAUUCACACACAUGUAGAAGCGGCUGCUGCCGUCUGCACAAGCACAGAAGCGGGCUGCCGCCGAAUGUGCCUGCGGACAAUGGCGCUUCUACCAGCGACCUAUUUUGCCGUAAGGACGGGCCUCCGGAAUGGAUUGUGGUCGUGAGUAGAGGUUCCACUGUAUUUGUAUCUUUGCAUAAAUGUGUGUGUUCUGCAUGUGUGACUAUAUCCAUCAGGAGGAGGAUAUAGUGUGGAGGCCUCAAUAGCUUCAGCCUUUUACCGCCACUACAAAAUUUAUAUUGGUCAGUGGGUAGAUGACGGCUUCUUCGUAACAAUCAGCAAUUAUUCGCUCUUUACAUUUUCGAAAAUUGUGCUAAUGUUGAUUAGCAAGUAAAAGACACAGAGGGAAGAAAAUAAAUAUGGAAGUGAGAAUGCUGAGAGCACCCAUCGGUUGGAAAGUUGCCAGAUAGCACCAUAAACUUUCAGAGAUGAGUACGGAUGAAAUAACUAGCCCUGUGAUCAGUUUAAAAGCAAUUAAAGACGAAGUGGAAAAGAAGCAGACAGCGUUUAAGAAAUAGUCAUCUAUUUCUUGAGGUUAAGGCUUAACAGUCAGUACAGUGACUCACAGGGGACCAUGUUUGUUCAGUGACUCAGGAGGUGGAGCUACUUUUCUCUUUCCAAGCCAGUUAGCCCUCCUUCAAGAGUUGAACUUAUCUGUCAAGCCUGAGAUUCUACGUUAACUUGACCCUCUUGUUUCUCCCAAAAUGCUGCGUAAUCCCCAUCUGAGUCCCUUUAAUUGUAGUUAAUUUUAAAAAGUGACUUGAAAUUCUUCACUGUGUUUAAUUCAUGUGUUCUUUUCCUUCCAGUGCCAGGACCCAAUCCGUCUGCUGAUAAUGACAUCAGUGUGACAAUGAUAAUGGUGGGCUGGCUGGUUCUGGCACUGGUACUGUUCUUGAUGAGACCUGCUAACCUAAGAAGACCUUUUACAGCUGAAAAACCAUCCAGCCCACAUAAUGUGAGUAUUCCGACGUUUUAGUUAACCUCCCUAUAUAACAUCAAACGACGAAGCAGGGAGAGGGGAAUAUGUGAUGCAGAGGCCUGAGUUUCUCGAAGAAAAACCAAGACACAAAUGCAAUUCAUAUGUAGCUUUUAGCAGAUUGUGCUGCAUUGUGUCCAGUAAUUUCAUUUUCCUCAUUCAUUCUGACGUUGCAUUCCUGUUUACAAAACCGUUCGUGUUGCGAUCUGGUGCAGUCCUAAAUAAAAAGUUCCUUAAAGCAGUGGUUUCAACCAAUGGAAAUCUGUAAUGUUGUUACACACAGCAAAUGCUCUCCCCUUUCAUCCCGCACAACACACUAAUACUACACAGACUUCACGCACGACAGAUUUAUAAAACCUUUUGAACAAUUUCCCCAAGUUUGUUAUACUUCUAGCACUUAAUGCACAAGAUCGGUCACCCUUGUGUAGAGGAAGGAAAGGGAACAGAAAGAGGUCUGUGUAUAUUUGGGGGGGGGGGGUUUAAGAGAGAGUAUUGAAGAUUCCCUGUUGUAGCUGGUAUCAGGAUCAGGCUGGAACUCGGGACGGUUUUGCAUGGAACCGAGCCAGGGAUAAGCUGACACUAAGCCUACUAGUCCUCAGCGCAGGAGGGUCUGCCCUGCUAACUAGACAAUGGCAGAUGCCCACUUCCUGGUUCUGAUAAACAUUGUGGUCACUCUGGAAACAUCUUCUUGGUCUAUCAAAGGGAGUGAUAUGGGGAUCUCUAUUCACUGCCAGGCCUGAAGACAUCUCUGAAUACUUCCAGUUCUAAGUUGCUCACUCAGCUAGAGUUCUAUCUGUCCUUGGCACUCCUGGUUCUGCCAUUGCAUUCCUCAACUCAAAAAGGUGUACGGCGAAUCUUGAAAUGGACAGCUUCUUCUCUUGUACACGUUUCCUUCUUCUGUUCUAAUCUUUCUUCUCUUUUGUACACAUUCCUAUUGUUCUAAUGGCGGGCACAUAGAACAGGGACGUUUUGGUGGUGGCCUGCGGUUGUGGAAUUCAGUCCCAUGUGACAUGAGGAAAGCUUCAUCCCUUGAUACUUUUAAAUGGGCCUUGAACACCCAUCUUUUUGUCAUGGCCUUCAGUGAGUAACUUGCAAGCAGUAGAACUAGUGCUGAGUUCUGGUUAUGUAUGUGUUUUAAGUUACGCUGGGUUAUUUGCGCUAGCUUUCAGUAGUUUUAAGUAGAUGCUUUAUAUUUUAUUGCCUAUGUUUUAAUUUGUAUUAUGUCGUGCCCCUUUACAUAGAAUGUCUGUCUUGAAAACCAGGCUGCUAUAUGAAAUUAAAAUAUAUAAAUCAGUGUAUUCUUGACACACAGGGGCAAGAACCACCAGCUCCACCUGUGGACUAG